AUGAACGAAAAUGCCCCGGCAACCGACUCGGCGACUCGGCGACCGGUGCACCCGUUCUUCGCCCAAAAUCGCUCGACCACACCCGUAGCGGAGAAACCUGCUGUCAACGAUGCGCCCAAUUUACAUGACAACAGCCUCGUCUUCCCAUCCAACACGACUGUAGGUGGCGAGACAGGAAAAGAUGUCACAGAUGACAUAGCAGCGAGGAGCGGCAGACGGCGCAAGGCCGACGACGAAUUGAAUGUGGAAUAUAUGCCGAGAAAAGCUCGACCGAUCAAGCGGACGAGAAACUCGGCUGGGGCCGGAGAUAUCGAGAAGCAUUUCAUCAAACUCGACAGCGGGGCUGGAGGCGAAAACAGGAGCGGCCCUGGCAGUUCUGGUGCCGAUGUAUCUGCGGAAAGCACCAAACUCUCAGCACACGCCGCGAUGGAAGGAUGCCAUGGCAUCGGCAACGGCUUCGAGGCGUGGCCAUCUCCAAACGAACAACCCAUCGCUGCGAAGGAUAGUGGUGUUUUUGAACCGGCUGCGCCCCAAGCCGCGACAGCUAAUUCAGCCAAACCGAAGAAGAUGUUGCAAUUUAACCCCAAGACUGGGACGAUUGGGUCGCCCCCAAAACCGAAGGAGGUUCGAGUUCCUGCACCAGAAGCCGAAAUCGGGAAAAAGGUGGCUAGCAGACGUGGGAGAAAGCGGGCUUCAAAAAUCGUGCGUAUCACCUACGGAGCCGAUCAAAAAGCUCGCGCCAGGCUGGGUGAGAUGAUCAAUGCGAUCCUCGAUGGGAAAGCACAAGAUCCCAGAGCCAGUGCCCAGCCACCACCCACAUCCAACAACGAAAAACAGUUGCCGAAGACAACAGAGACGCUCGCACCAAAAUCCGCGAAUGCCACGACCCAUCCCUUCUUCCUGGGACAAUCCAAAAUAAGCGAUCCAGCUGCUGCCGAUUCCAAGCCCAAGAAACGCAGUUCGUCCCCGGCCAGCGCCCGUACGAAGCACUACUGCGCGACGCCGUGCUCCCCGAGAAAGCCCCGUGUGGGGCCCGCCUCAAAGGUUCCCCUGCCUCAGUUUGGCGUCAAAAGCUUAGGGUUGAAGUUUCCGGGCGCAAAACUACCAGCAUGGCCAUGGCAAGGGAUGGUACACGUCCGAGGUGAUGAAAACGAAAUCCCAGGCGUAGGAACCGAUACCCUACCUCUUGCUUUCCGGAAAUCGAAAGGGAAUGCAGUCAAGAUGUUGCCGAGCGAGUCUGUCAUCAACCUCGUUGCCGACUCGAUGCAGCUCUCAUCCAUGGCUAAGGCUGUGAAAAACAUCGACACGGAUAAUUUUAUCCCUCCACCUCCCGAACUCCGUCUCCCACAGAAACACUUUGAAAGCGGAAGCAAGCUCCAGUCGCGAAUCCUCCCCGAGCUCAGGACUUUCCAACCCUCCCUCCAAACUACCCAAGACACCUAUGGCAGCAUGCAUGCUCCCCCACAACUAGCCCGUCUCUUCGCUUCCAUCUCUUCAUCUCUAUCGGCAUUUGACAUGUCCCAAUACGAGAUGUCCAACUGGGUGCAGAAAUAUGCUCCGAUAACCGCCACCGAAGUGCUCCAACCGGGACGGGAGAUCUUUUUCUUGCGAGACUGGCUUCAGGUGUUGAUGGUACAGGCAGUAGACACCGGUUCGGCAGUCGACAUUGACAAGGCAAAGGCUGGGUCAAAAUCUAAGUCCGCGGGGACUGGAAAGAAGAAGCGAAGAAAGAAACUCGAUGGUUUUAUUGUUUCCAGUGAAGACGAAAGCUACGAGUGGUAUGACGAGUCUGAGGACGAGGCUGACUGGGCUCCUAGCGGGAGCCGGGGCAUACUCCGUAAAACCGUCAUUCGUUCCGGCAACCGGGCGAGAGGCAGAGGCGGCGAUAAAACCGCGAAUGCGUUGGUUAUCAGCGGUCCUCGAGGAUGCGGCAAGACUGCCGCAGUGUACGCCGUGGCCAAAGAACUGGACUUUGAGGUCUUUGAGAUCAAUGCCAGCAGUCGGCGAAACGGAAAAGAUGUAUUGGAGAAGAUUGGAGAUAUGACAAGGAAUCACCACGUUCAACAGCAUCAGUCCUCCGAGGGGCCGGACAACCAAGAAGUUGCAAUCGAGGACGAUACGGCCAAGAACAUCAAAUCCGGCAAGCAACCAACUAUGAAUGCUUUCUUUGCCGCCAAACCAAAAGAGUCCAAAUCCAAGCAGUCAGCAAAAAUUCCGGCGAAAACCAAGCAAAGCGAAGCAAAGAAGGAGCCCGCCAAAGUUCAGCCCAAGCGACCGUUCAUCAUGACCUGCAAUGACGAAACGCUUGUUCCCCUGCAUACGCUGACGCUCCACGGUAUCUUUCGGCUCAGUCCUCCACCAGAUGAACUCGCAGUCGACCGCUUGCUUCUGAUCGCGGCAAACGAAGGCCAUUCGCUCGCCCGGCGGUCGGUAGAGCAGCUAUACAACUCUCGCGGCCGUGAUUUACGGGCCACGACAAUGGAUCUACAGUAUUGGUGCCAGAUUGGAGUGGGCGACCGAAGGGGCGGCCUGGACUGGUUUUAUCCUCGCUGGCCAAGGGGCGUCGACCUCGACGAGAACAAGGAGGUGGUCAGAGUCAUCAGUCAGGACACAUACCGGGCGGGGAUGAACCUACUGGGGCGGGAUCCCAUCAUUGACCCAAUGCUUUCUCCGCGGCUCGUCGAAGAGGAGGUCCUCCAUCAAGCCUGGGAUUCAUGGGGAUUUGACUUGGGGAACUGGCAGGAUACUCCCGAGAUGACCAGAUGGGCAGAGGGUUCGGAGCCGGUUAUCCAAACCCCCUCUGACCGUCUGGGUGCGUUGUGUGCUUACGAUGACCUGGCUGAGGCGAUGAGUGCGGCAGACGUAUGUUCUUCCCGGUCGUUCGCCGCAUUUAAAGAGGAGUCAAUGGACACGACUCAGCCAGACCUACCCGCCAAGGCCCGCGACGACUUCGUGCUCGGUAUCACGCAUCUCGAAACGCCGGUUAUCAUGCACUACAACUCACUUUCGACAUGCAUCGCUUCCACCAUCAAGUCUCUUGCCAGGUCCUUGCUAGAACCGCAAACUGAAAGGCUCGGAAAACAAGCCGUGCCUACUCUGAGACCUUUGGAAGAAACUCAUGCUGCUCGCCGUCUCCAGGACAGCUUUACAUCCCCUCUACCAAGCACCCCCGCCAUCAACCGCAUAGACUUUGCCUUCGCAUUUGACCCAAUUGCCGCUCCAGACACAACCCCGGUGCAGCUAGCUUCUUAUCUUGAGCCCUCAGUCUUCGAUCGUACGUUGAAGCUCAUUACCCUUGACGUGGCGCCGUAUGUUCGAAGCAUCGUUGCCUAUGAAUCACGGCUCCAGAAGCAGCGGGUAAAGAUGAGCAGCCUCGUGAGCGAAGGUGGUAAAGGGGGCCAGGGGUCCAAGCGGAUGCGAACCACCAGAGCGGCGCUUUCGGCCUUGGAGGGCGGCUCAAGGAGUAGUACAAGGGGCGAGAGAUGGUUUAGUGCGGAUAUCAACCCGUACUUGGUUGCAAAGACGGCGGGGGCUAGUUGGAAUGGUUUCGAAGUUAAGGAUCUUGACAGACCAGAAGAGCCAAAGGAUACGGUGGACUCUCCGAAGACCUCGCCGGACACGACCCCUACCAAAGCCCCAAAGAGGGCGGUUUUAAAAAGUAGGAAGCGGAAGAAGGUUCUUCAAGACGAAGACGACGUUGAUGAGCUCGGCUGCUAA